AGAGAGGUGGUGGUGGAAAGCGCCGGAGUGGGGAGCCGCUAGAUUUCCUCCGCCCGCCGAUCCGAUCGCCCCACUACGUCCAGUCCGAUCCCCAAGGGUUCGGGCUCGGCCACCGCUCCUAGGGUUUCGGUGGUCCUCCGACCCCUCCCCCACCGGCGCCACUAUCCCUCUCUGAUGCAAGCGCGCGCGGCCGCGGAGGACAGCGACAAGGAGGCCUUCGCGAAGAAGCCGCGCCACUGCAACGCCGAGAUGCCACUCGCUGACGCGAACGACGACUCCUUUCUCUUUCCGGUGGAGGAGAUCGUCCAGUUCCCGCUGCCGGGCUACGUCGCCCCCACUUCCAUCAGCUUCAGCCCCGAUGGGCGCCUGAUCUCGUACCUCUUCAGCCCCGAUGGCACCCUCCACCGCAAACUCUUCGCCUUUGACGUUGUCUCGGGGCGGCAAGAGCUGGCCUUUAGCCCGCCCGAAGGAGGGGGGCUCGACGAGACCAAUCUCUCGGUGGAGGAGAAGCUGAGGAGGGAGAGGUCGAGGGAGAGGGGAUUGGGAGUCACGCGGUACCAAUGGAAAGCGAGGUCUCCAUCAUCUUCUUGCUUUUCUCCGGAAAAGCCCACCAUCAUGGUGCCAUUGCCCAAUGGGGUCUAUUUCCAGGAAUUAUGUGGCUCAGAACCAGAGCUCAAGCUGCCAUGUUCUGGUUCGCCAAUUAUUGACCCACAUCUUUCGCCAGAUGGAAGCAUGCUUGCGUAUGUUGGAGAUGAUGAGCUUCAUGUUUUAAGUUUGUCACCUGGGGAGCCUAAGCUGCCUAACCAAUUAACUUUCGGUGCAAGAGCAAAUGGAAAGACUCAUGGUCUCGCUGAAUACAUCGCACAGGAAGAGAUGGAUCGGAAGACUGGAUUCUGGUGGUCUCCUGAUAGCAAAUAUAUUGCAUUCGCUGAAGUUGAUUCAGCUGAGAUACCUCUUUUCAGAAUUAUGCAUCAGGGAAAAAAUUCGGUUGGCUCAGAUGCACAAGAAGACCAUGCCUACCCUUUUGCUGGAGCAGCUAAUGUGAAAGUUCGACUUGGAGUUGUUCCUGCUUCUGGAGGAGAAGUUACUUGGAUGGACCUUAUUUGCGGGUUACAAGAUGAUGCUGGUGGUGAUGAAGAGUAUCUAGCUAGAGUCAAUUGGAUGCCUGAUAAUUCUCUUACAGCUCAAGUCCUCAGCAGGUCCCAUUCCAAAUUGAAGAUUUUUAAGUUUGAUAUUCAGACCAGAAAGAAAAAGGUCUUAUUUGUAGAAGAGCAUGAGACAUGGAUAAACUUGCAUGACUGCUUCACACCUCUAGACAAAGGAGUGAAUUGUUCGUCUGGUGGUUUCAUUUGGGCUAGUGAAAAGACUGGUUUUAGACAUCUCUACCAUCAUGACAAUAAUGGAGUUUGCUUGGGGCCUCUUACCCAGGGUAAUUGGAUGGUUGAGCAAAUUGCUGGCAUAAAUGAAAAUGCCGGUCUUCUCUACUUCACUGGCACGGUGGAUGGACCAUUAGAAUCUAACUUAUACUGUACAAAGCUUUUUCCAGAUUGGAACCUUCCCUUACAACAACCAGUGAGGUUGACUCAGGGUAGGGGAAGACAUGCAGUGGUUCUUGAUCAUCAGAUGCAGAGAUUUGUUGAUGUCCACGAUUCUUUGAACUCUCCACCUAGAGUAAUACUUUGUUCUUUACACGAUAGAAGUGUAAUAACUCCUUUAUUUGAGCAGCCUCUUAGCAUUCCUUGUUGUAGGAAGCUACAACUUCUAUCACCAGAGAUUGUGCAAAUAUCUGCAAAAGAUGGCACAGUUUUAUAUGGGGCUUUAUACAAACCUGAUGCAAGGAAAUUUGGGCCACCUCCAUAUAAAACAUUAAUCAAUAUUUAUGGUGGUCCAAGUGUUCAACUUGUAGUUGAUUCAUGGAUAAAUACAGUUGACAUGAGAGCUCAAUACCUAAGGAAUAAGGGAAUCUUAGUAUGGAAGCUAGAUAACAGAGGGACUGCAAGGCGAGGAUUGGAGUUUGAGGGCCAUAUAAAGCACAGCUUCGGUCGUAUAGAUGCAGAAGAUCAACUCACUGGUGCGGAGUGGCUUGUAAGGCAAGGGCUUGCCAAAGUGGAUCACAUUGGCUUAUAUGGUUGGAGCUAUGGCGGUUUUCUGUCAGCAAUGAGCCUGGCAAGGUUUCCUGACACUUUCCGGUGUGCAGUAUCAGGUGCCCCGGUAACUUCAUGGGAUGGAUAUGACACAUUCUACACUGAAAAAUACAUGGGCUUGCCCAAGGAAAAUCCUGAUGCCUAUGAGUUUGGGUCGAUCAUGCACCAUGUGCACAAGAUCAAAGGGAAGUUGAUGCUUGUUCAUGGAAUGAUCGAUGAGAACGUUCACUUCAGGCACACAGCAAGACUUAUCAACUCACUAAUUGCAGCUGGUAAGCCAUAUGAACUUCUGCUGUUUCCAGAUGAACGGCACAUGCCUCGUCGGCUUAGAGAUCGUGUUCAUAUGGAAGAGAGAAUUUGGGAAUUUAUCGAGAGAAAUCUAUGAAUGGAUCCAUGUUUUUCCCUCAUCGUCUGGUCGCAGUAGUCAGGUAGUAUGUUGUAUCAUCAUGGAGGCCCAAACUGUUUCACUUCUUCUCUAAUAAAAGAGAAUGAGGAUCAUUUUACUUAUAGCGUUUCUUGAAAAUAAGUCAUUUGGGGUUUGGUUAAUAUAUAGUUUGACAUUUCUUUCAGGAUUGAGGUCGUUUAUAUAGUUCCUGCUCAAAAUAUUACUGGUUGAAGUUUGAUUUCCAGGAGAAAUAUGUGACAGCCAGAAUUCAUUUCUUGUUUGUGAUUUGUUUUGAGAUUGCACUCUCGGAAGACUAAUUCAUUUCCAGUGUAUGUAUGUGUUGUGUUCAACUAUUGAAUCUAAAUCCCGGAUUCUGAGGCCCAAGCUUCGGUCGAGUGGCCGAGACUUGGUCUUCCUAUUAUUGAGCCGAGGAAUAGCUCAAGAGCACUUCCCCAUCAAUGCAUAUGGUACGUGCGACGUCUCAUCAUUGGUACUCUGCCCACGGUAUAUAAAGUCUCCGCCAGGUUAUCAUAUCCAUAUCAUUCCUUUUCCGAAGCUGCGACAUCGAAGAAGGAAAGAGAGAGAAGAGAUGGCAGAUCAAUCUGAAGGUUAAGAAGGACGAGCUGGUCAGGCUGUGGGACAGGCUCAGAUAAGUUCUAUGCGCGCCUAGCGUUUGUGUUUAUUCCCCAAUAAUUUGGUUGCAAUGUGAAGGUUAAGAAGGACGAGCUGGUGAGCAGCGCACGAGACGCGGCCGAAUCGUGCAAGCAGUCGUGCCAGGAGAGCAAGGAGCAGGCCGGCGGGGUGAUGCACCAGACCGGGGAGAAGAUGAUGAACAUGGCUCGGGGGGCAACUGAUGCCAUCAAGAAUGCUGUGGGCAUGGGAAGCAACACCGGCACCACCAAGCAGUAAGCAGUUGCUCUCUAUUUCACGGACUCAAUAUGUCCGCUAAUUAGUACCUCACCACAUCAUUUUCCACUCUGUUCCAAUUUUUUGUUCUCCUUUUAGAUGCUAAAUAAGAGAGCUCGGCCGUCAUCUUUUGAGUUUA